UCAUCGUAUCGAAUAUCCGUCACCUGAUUCUUUAUAUAGGCUACAUGUCAAUCGAACUUUUACCCUGUCCAUUGUGAUAAUGGACCUCGAAUUGGUCUUUGACAGGACACUUUGCGAUGUUUCUACCUUAAUAUCAACGAUUGGCGAGAGAUCCUAAUUGUUCGCUUAAUUUGUCCACGUAUUUCCGUCCCAUCUUUGUCUUUCAGUAAUAUUAAUGGAAAAAUAUUUCAUCAAAAAAAUACAGCUCACGUUUCGUUCUCGAGUGUAAUUAAUGAUACAGAAAAAGAUGAAGGAAGAAAAUGUAUGGAUCAAUAAAGAGAAAGAAAGAAAUAAAAGAAAGAGGAGAAAGAGGUAAUAUAGAAGUUUUCGCCAAAUAACAUUUAUAAAUGUAUAUCAGAGGAAGUUGUACGUGAUUUACUGGAAAAUUUAUAAACUCGAUGGAAACUAUUUAGUUUGUGUUCUAACAACUGUCAUGUAUUUUCGCGAAAACAUUACUCUCGAUGGCUGGUGUUGCAGCUCUUCUGUUUCGUAAUUUUGUUGAAAUUGGUGCCCCAGCUUUAGUGCGCAAUCUAAUUAAUGUGAUGUAAUCGUGGAAGCCGAUGAUCGACUUGACCUGCGAUCCUUGUUGAAAUCAGCCGAUCGAUCGUCGUAAGCGAGGCAGGGGAUCAAAAUGUGACGUCCGAUGUAUCUCUGACGGUUUCGCAUGAACGACCGGACGCGUAUAGCGCUGAACUCGAUAAGAACAUCCUGGACGAUAUGAACUCGAGCGGAGAGUCCGGCGGAACGAUGUCCGAAGAUUACGAGGUGGGAGGCUGCAGCAUCCCGGAAGAGGAGACAGGCUCGAAUCUACCGACGUGGGAGGCCGUGGUGGCCACGCUGACCUUGAGCUUCCUCGUCGUGGCGACGGUAUUCGGCAACAUGCUGGUAAUCCUGAGCGUGUUCACGUACAGGCCGCUACGGAUCGUCCAGAAUUUCUUCAUCGUCUCGCUGGCAGUGGCCGAUCUCGCGGUGGCGAUCCUCGUGAUGCCGUUUAACGUAGCCUACCUGCUGCUGGGCAAGUGGAUCUUCGGCAUUCACCUGUGCAAACUGUGGCUAACGUGCGACGUCCUCUGUUGCACCGCCAGCAUCCUCAAUCUCUGCGCGAUCGCCAUGGACCGUUACUGGGCGAUCACCGAUCCGAUCAAUUACGCUCAGAAGCGUACCCUCAAGCGAGUCCUCGGGACGAUCGCCGGCGUGUGGAUCCUCUCGGGCGCCAUCAGUUCGCCGCCGUUAGCCGGCUGGAACGACUGGCCGGAGGAGCUGGAACCGGGCACGCCCUGCCAACUCACCAGACGCCAGGGCUACGUCGUAUACUCCUCCCUGGGCUCGUUCUUCAUACCGUUGCUGCUGAUGAGCCUUGUCUAUCUAGAGAUCUUCCUGGCGACGCGCAGGAGACUGCGGGAACGGGCCCGACAGAGCAGAUUGGGUCCGGUUCAGUCCACCAGACACCGCGAGACCGACGACGCCGAGGAAUCGGUCAGCUCGGAGACGAAUCACAACGAGCGCUCGACACCCCGUCUGCAGGCGAAGCCGUCGCUGAUCGACGACGAGCCUACCGAGGUCACGAUAGGCGGCAGCGGGACGACUGCGUCCACCAGACGUGGUGCUGGAGCCGGCGGUGCCGUCGCCACCUCGACCGUCUAUCAGUUCAUCGAGGAACGGCAGCGGAUCUCGCUGUCCAAGGAGAGGCGAGCGGCGAGGACCCUGGGCGUCAUUAUGGGCGUCUUUGUCGUCUGCUGGCUGCCAUUCUUCCUCAUGUACGUCAUCGUGCCAUUCUGUCCGGCUUGCUGCCCAUCGGAGCGGAUGGUAUACUUCAUCACGUGGCUCGGUUAUGUCAAUAGCGCUCUCAAUCCCCUCAUAUAUACGAUCUUCAAUCUCGAUUAUAGAAGAGCGUUCAGGCGAUUGUUGCGAAUCCGCUGAGGCUCUUAGGAUCGGGCGACGCGGAGGAUCCUCGCGACUGGCCGAUCCCUCGAAUUCCUCGCUCGAGCGAUGGCAAGCGAAGCGGAAUCUCGCGGUCGGUUCGUAGUAGCCGUUCUACUUAAAUCCCGCGGGAUUUCCGUCCGCUCACCAAGUCGGGAGUCAUUAAAUAAGUUCUUCGUCCAGGGAGAAGCGCGUCGCUCGCGCGUAACCGUAUGUCGCAAUUAACGGGAAUUUUGACGCCUCGCUUACCUCGAUCGCUUGUUCGCCUGCACAACUCGUUAUAUUACGCGGUGAAAACUUUAAGCGCAGUCAGCACAAAGACGACGAGCAUUACCAAGUGAGAGAACUCGGAGCAAGUAAGUUACCAGAGCGUAAAUUGGUAGAAUUAUUAUCGUUUCGCGACAAGUUGCGAACCGAUCUUAUAAAAUUCGAAUCGCCGGCAAUUUAUUUUUAACUACGUAUUUAAUGAAGACAUCGAUCUUGACGCGAGUAGUAAUAUUCGCGCGAGCAAUGCGAAGAAGACGAUAAUUUAAUUUUUUUAACGAAAAAACUUUCUUUCAUAACGUAUUGACGCACUGCUAAUUUGGAACGUUGGAAAAGAGAGAAAUUUGUGUACAAGUUUCAUUAAUUCUCGUUCUGUCAUAAUAAUGAAUGACAGGGAAAAAUUAAAAACUUCCGUUCGCGCGAAAAUUAUUAAAAUUGAUAAGAUUAAUCGUUCAACUCUAAUACCGAUAUAUCAUUGACCUACAUAAAAAUUUUACAAGAAUUUUUAAAUUUAAAUCGCGCGACAUUCAAAGUAAAUUUGUUUUUUGGAAGAAAAAGUCAUAUUAAUCUGCUUCCUUCAACUGGCAUAACGAAUUGCCGUGAAAAUUCUAUGGAGAACUAGAGAAAAAUGAUGUUCGCUUAUCGCAAGUUUCGCGAAAAUUUAUGAAGGAUUUGAAGAGGACGUUCAAAAAGGAAAUGGUAGUCUCAUCUGAGAGAUGCAGGCAGCGCAUUGCAAUCAAGAUUGGCAGCUGGGCCAGCGCUAAUUCGCCCCCGAAGAGUUCCCGAGGGCAAAAGUUGCGAAGGGGAACUUUUCGCGGGACUAAUAAAGGAGAUUAUGCUUCCUACGUGUUGGCCAGCGAUCAUGCUCCCUUAAUAUUAUCAGGAGAAGCUUCAUCAGCUUCGUAUGAAUCUCAUCCGCGGUUUUAGAGAUUAAUUAAUCCGUAGCCGCUAGAAAAUGAUUAAUGAUAUUGAAUUUAGCACCCUCGAGAGAACGUAUAAGAAUACGAUCUAUCACGGUCAACAAUGCUCACUACCGGAUUAUAGACCGGAAUUGAGGUCACAGUCGGGGGUGGGGGGUGGGGGAGACUCGUGUUCCCGCCGAUUUCACGAGAAGCCACCCUCUUCUUUCUUUCCUCGCGCGACAACCGGCAUUCAUCGAGUUGCAGUUUCCGACCCCGGAUGAGAAAGAAAAGAAUCUCUGUCAGGUAACUGUCUGUCGAUUCAGCGAAUGCGCGUCAGGCAGAGAAAAAUCAGGACGUGCUUUUCUUACCAACGACAAGAAAGAGGGAGAAAUAAUCGUGCGUACAUUUUAAGUAGACUCGAUCGGUGGACGUACCCUCUCCACCGAUCGUUAACAAGUAUUACGGUUGUGAAUAAUUAAUUAACUCAGCCAUAAAUCUCUCUCUAUCUCAAUCGCGGAACAUGUAGCGUAAGAAAACAAACGUAAGAUACGUAAGAUCGUUCGUUUAUUCGGCGCAACGUCAACAACACCGAUUCAUAAAUUUCCGUGAUUCGCACCGCGCUCAAUCACGACCGCGAAUUAUAGUCAUUAAAAUCACACCUUAAAUCACCUCUCGCGACGUAUUCGUUGAUGCGCUCUUACAUCACGUGUCUCUACACGGUUUACUGGAAAAUCACCUAUCAAUUUUAAGGAGACAGCUGAUUUAAUUUAUUUAUAAUCUUCUUGGCAAGGUUUUCUCGAUUCAAUCAUCAUUUCGUGUCUAAUGAUUUAACGAUCCUGCACAGAAAAAACAUAAGUGUCAAAUCAAAAUUUAUAUAUUUAAACUAACGUACA